GACUAUUCGAAGUGGGACAACAUCGAGAUCAGCGACGACGAGGCGGACUGCCACCCGAACAUCGACAAGGCGUCGUGGUUCCGCAUGAAGCACCGGUCCCGCGUCGAGCGCGAGGACACGGAGGCCGCGGACCGGAAGUCGAUGGAGGCGGAGAACCGCGCCGACGGCGAGCGCGAGUCCGAGAUCCUGCGGAUCCUCGCGGAGAUCAAGGCCGGCGGCGAGGCGGCGGAGUACGAGGACGAGGAGGCGUUGAGCGGCGAGCUCGUCGAGGUGCGCACGCGCGUCAAGGAGCGCGUCGACAAGAUCGACUUCAUGGAGAAGAACAAGAAGUGGAACGUCGACAACAUGGGCACGGUGACGCACAACAAGACCAUCAUCUCGGGCAAGGGCUCGGACCCGUCGGACCUCCGCGACGCCGUCGAGUCGUACUCGAAUUUCGUGGAGGAGCACGAGGCCGUGCUCGAGGACUACCUCGCGACGCGCGACAUCGAGCAGUGCAAGGGCAAGAUCCACGAGCACGGCGGCACGCUGCUCCACGAGCACGCGCAGUCCUACAUCCUCCUCUCGUGCCUCGAGGACGAGAUGAACGGCUACCACGACAAGAUGGUGCUGUCCGCGCGGAACUCGCAGAUCCUGAGCCACGUCACGGAGCUGGCGACGUCGCUCCAGCGCCACCCGCGCGACGUCGUGCUGCCCUUCUUCAAGCGCAUCGCCGAGGAGCAGUACCGCAAGGGCUUCGAGGAGGCCGUCGCGGGCUUCGCGUCCCGCAUCGAGAACCGGGCCGUGGAGAAGCGCAAGGAGAUGGACGCCGCCAAGGCCGCCGAGGGCGGCGGCGACGACGACUACGAGGUGUUGUCCAAGGAGGAGCGCGUCGGCCCGGGCGGACUCGACCCCGUCGAGGUCUUCGAGACCCUCCCGCAGUCCAUGCAGGAGGCCUUCGAGGCCAAGGACAUGGCCAUGCUCCAGGUCGCCCUCGAGGCCAUGACGCCCGACGAGGCGAAGAAGCACAUGGACGCCUGCGAGAAGAGCGGCCUCUGGGUCGCGAACAAGGCGCAGGCGGACGCCGAG